AACUACUACCCCUGGGGCUACGACAGCGACAACGGACCAGAUCAGUGGCACAAAAAUUACCCUUUUGCAAAAGGACGCCAUCAGUCACCAAUUGAAAUCAAUAACAAAGAGGUGCAUUAUGAUAGUUCUUUACUACCAUGGUUUGCUAGUUACGAUCCCGGUGCAGCUAAGACCAUCCUCAAUAAUGGGAAAACCUGCAGAGUUGUAUUUGAUGAUUCAUUCGAUAGAUCAGUGCUGAGAGGUGGGCCACUUCCAGGGGUCUACAGGCUGCGGCAGCUGCACUUCCACUGGGGCUCCUCUGACGACCACGGCUCCGAGCAUGUUGUGAAUGGAGUGAGGUAUGCAGGAGAGCUACAUUUGUUACACUGGAAUCCCAAAUACAGUAAUUACCUUGAUGCUAAGAGAAGAACUGAUGGGAUAGCUGUUUUGGCCAUAUUUUUGCAAGUAGGGGAAACUCCCAAAGCAGAGAUGAAGAGAAUUCUUGAAGAAAUAAAUGCUAUCAAAACAAAGGGGAAAAAUGCUCCUUUUCCAAACUUCGAUCCUUCAAUUCUUUUCCCUAAAUCUCAUGACUACUGGACAUACCAUGGAUCUGUCACUACUCCACCUUGUGAAGAGUGUGUUACCUGGAUUAUUCUUAGAGAGCCCAUCAUAGUCAGUUCAGACCAGAUGGCGAAGCUCCGCAGCCUCUCCAAGAAUGCCGAGAACGAACCUGAUCACCCCUUGGUUGAUAACUGGCGCCCAACUCAGCCGCGGUAUUUCAGGAUGAUCUCAUACCCAGAGAGAGAAGAUGGAGGAAGGCAAGGAAAUUCAAACUCAGAUAAUUAUAACAACAUGUAAGCUGAAGGACUGAAUUCCCUUGGAUGAUUUUCAAGGACCUGGUAUAGCUGGAUCAGAAAACGGAGUACAGAAAAAAAAGAAUAAUGGAUUUCAUUUCUCCAUUACAUUCAAAACUCAUAAGGAAAUUCCUGCAGAGAAGCAGAGAAAGUUCAGCUGUCUGAGCUGGCUGGAAAGACAAUUGCGCAGGUGGGAUCCAGUGCUUCUUCUUCACACAUGCAGAAAGAGGGAACCACUGGGUUUACCUUAGCUGCAAGUCUGAAAUCUGUUGCUUGGCAGCUCCCUUUUUAUGUGCACAGCUUUGUUGUUGCACCACUUUGAGCCCUCAUCAUUACCAGCCCCAACACCAAAACCUCCAGGCACUGAGAUUCUCUCCCCCAUGUAAUUUCUUUGCAUAUCACAGUCCUGAUACUCCUGCCACACAUGGUGGAAAUCUCACUAGAGGACAGUAUUUUAAAAAAAUUAA